CCGUCGUGCUGACUCCUUUAUUUUUACUUCUUGGCACCAUUGCUGAAUGCUGUCACAGUUUCAUUUGACAGUUGUUUUUACUUGGUUUUUAUUACUAUCCUUUUAAGUUUUAAUCAAUUCAAUUGAUGCUUGCUGAUUGCUGAUAGUAAAGCUUAAAGUAGGAUAUACAGAGAUCAAAAUCGGCUUUGUAAACGUUUGUGUGUUUUAUCUUUGUGAAGUAUUCUGUGUGUAAACUUUGGUGUGAACGCUGAAAAGAAUAUCAUGGAUAUUGAACGUUUAAAAAAUGAUUCAAAACUAGUUCUUUGCCGAAAGUAUUAUUAUGGAGGAUUUGCUUUUCUACCAUUCCUGUGGACAAUUAAUGCUUUUUGGUUUUCCAGAGAUGCAUUUUAUAAACCUCAUUUUGAAGAACAACAUCAAAUCAGACAAUAUGUCAUUCGCUCAGGAAUUGGUGCUCUUGUCUGGUUGGUGAUUUUCAUUAGUUGGACCUGUGUUUUCCAGAUCAACAGAGCUUCUUGGGGAGAAUUAGGAGAUCAGUUAUCAUUUGUCAUUCCAAGAGGAAUACCAUAAAUUAAUUAAAUGUAUUCUGAAAUCUGACUUUCUUUUGCUAAUUAAUGCCUGGUUUUCUGUUCAUGUGUUCUAAUACAGGUGAAGUAACAUUCUGA